AUGGCAUUAUAUGGUUGUUUGCUUUAUGUAUGGUUACCAUUGCUGGUAUUCUUGUUACAAGCAUUUCACGGUGGAUUUGCACAAAGCUACUACGAUGACAACAACAAUGGCGGAUAUGAUCCAAAUGCUCUUUGUUCAGAAGACCCAACUACAUUUGCAAUGGUAUGCACCUGUAAUGCUGGUUAUACUAACACUGGUAGCGACGACAA